AUGAUGCCGUUGUUAUUGUUCGCUUUCGGUCGGUUCUUCAUUGAUGUUAAUCGAGUCUCGAUCCCGUACGGGAAUAUCGCAUUACAAUUGCUCCAGAUCACCACUCCGGCAUUACUCGGCCUGGGUUUGCGCGCGUGGAAACCGAAAGUGGCCGAACGUAUCAGAAAACUCACACGUCCCCUGUUCAUAUUCUUCAUAUUCUUCUUUCUCACAUUCGGCGUUUAUGCGAAUUUGUCCAUUUUCUCUCUUCUCUGGUCCUAUCCGAUUGUGAUGCCCACCAGUGCACUGCUCCCGUGGCUAGGUUUCACCCUGGCCGCAUUAACCGCGUUCCUGUUACGUCAACCACGGCCAGUGAUUAUCACCGUAGCCUUAGAGACCGGGAUCCAGAAUGUGGGCGCCGCGAUCCUCGUUCUGCUCUACUCGAUGACUCAACCGGCCGGGGAUUUGGGUGCCGUGAUGCCGAUCAGUGUGUCCAUUUUCACCCCGAUCCCGUUGUAUUUCAUCCUGCUCGGAUUGACCAUCAAACGUCGUUGUUGCAGAAAGAAAAAGACCUGUUGCACUGAGUUGGAUGAAGUGCAGGCGUUGCGGGACGACGGGGUGGAGAUGGAUAGGGAGAAAUACGCAAAGACGAAUGGUCUGUCGCAUGUGGCUGUGAUCGAACCAAUCGUGCCUCCGGUUCUUCCCAGUGGAGAUACCACAAAUAUGUAG